UCUAUUAGUUAUCUUACGUGUUGAAUAAGUCGUCGAAAGAUACGGAUGCGGUUCUACGCAGUGCAAAACGAAAUUCUCUAUGAUUUAUGAAUUAACUUGAGAUAAGGAAAUAAUUAAAUUGGCAUUUAUUUUGAUAUUGUUGAAUUGGCAGCUUCAGAUUGAUGACUUGCAAAAUUUGGAAUCAUCGGAAUUAUGAGACAAAACAUAGCUGCCAACGAAUGAAUCAAACUAUUUACAUACAUACAUACAUGCAUAUGCAGCACUCGUACACAAAUCCAUGCAAACAUUUUGGUUUAGAAUCUAGACGGCCGGCAGCCGAUAUUUAGGCAAUAAAUUUGCCUUGCGCAAAUCAUUCGGCGUAGUGCACAGCUCUUAAGAAGAUUUAAUCGCCAAUUGUAACAAAAAAAAAUAAAUAAAUUGAUAAAUUCGUAUGUAGAUACAUAAGUACAUUCACAUAAAUCGAAUUAUGUUGGCAAUGCUAAUGCCGGCGGAGGUGGUAAUGCCGAUUAAUGCCACUUUUCUCCCAUCGAUUGCCCUACCAACAAAUAUCUGGCAGGCAAUUUUGAUUACCUCAUUGUUGACAUUGUUAUGCUAUCAAGUAACAACAACAACAGUGACAAUGAGAUUUUCCGCUGACGAACCUGUUGUAUUAAUUAAAUCGGAUAUACCAAAAGUUUGUGGACAUAAUAUGGGCUGCUUGCAAGGCAAAUACAUGGCCGGCUUUCAGACGCAACUCUUUGAGGCUUUUCUAGGUAUACCAUAUGCUUUGCCGCCGGUGGGUGAGCUGCGAUUUGCCAACCCCAAAGCCUUUCCACGUUGGUGGGGUAUUUUGGAUGCAACCAAGGCAAAAGAAGAUUGUGUGCAAAAAAAUUACAUACUUCCCAAUCCUGUGGUGGAAGGCGUUGAGGACUGCCUUUACUUGAAUGUAUAUAGACCAUUGAGAAACUCUCAGCAGCUGCUACCCGUAAUGGUCUACAUACACGGUGGCGGAUGGUUCAGCGGCACUUCGAGUCCACAUUUACAUGGACCAGAGUAUUUUAUGGAUACAAAAGAAGUCAUACUGGUGACAAUCGCUUAUAGAUUGGGCCCGUUUGGUUUUCUCUCAACAGACGAUGACAAUAUGCCUGGCAAUUUGGGACUAAAGGAUCAAAAUCUUGCAUUGCGUUGGAUAAAACGUAAUAUUGCUGCCUUUGGUGGUAACCCAGAGAUGGUAACGAUAUUUGGUCAAAGCGCUGGUGCCGUUUCCGCACACCUGCACAUGUUGAGCAAGCAAUCCGAAGGUCUCUUUCGUAGCAUCAUAGCCAUGAGUGGCACUGCAAAUGUACCAUUUGCAAUCACCGAUAAGCCUCGUCAACAGACACGCACUCUGGCCAAGCUGUGUAACAUUAGCAAUGCAGAUGAACUAAGCACCGCCAAACUGGCACGAGCUUUACGUGCUGUGAAGGCUGUCGAACUGGUGAAUGCUGGUGAUGGUCUUAAAUAUUGGAAUGUCGAUCCCUUGACCAAUUUCCGGCCGAUUGUAGAGCGACAUGGCGGUAAGGAUGCAUUCCUUACACAACAUCCGCUGCAGUUGUUGAGCGAGGGUAAUUAUACGCCAGUGCCGUGGAUGGCUGGCGUAGUGCCGGCUGAAGGCGCUGUACGAGUGCUCUCGAUUUUAGCAAACGAAACGCUAAAGCAACAAUUCAAUGACAAUUUUCAUGAGCUACUCGAGAAGCUACUCCAGUUCCCAGAGGCAUUUAGCCGCGCACAGCUAAAAGAAAAGACACAGCUGAUUAUUAAUGAAUAUUUCUGCGGACAAGCUGAAAUUAAUAAUGCGACGGCGCAGGGUUUUAUGGAGUGCGUCAACGAUCGCGCCUUUCAUCAUCCCUUCUACAAUGCCAUUGACGCCUACGUGCGUACCGUUGAUGUGGAAAAGUAUCCUAUCUACUUGUAUAAAUUCAACUAUAGGGGCCCUUAUAGCUUCACAAAUAUAUAUACGGGUGGUGUGCCGAUUGGUGAUUUCGGCGUGGUGCAUUGUGAUGACCUCAUUUACACCUUCCGUGCGCCAGCGCUCUUUCCAGAUUUUGAGAAGCAAUCGACACCUGCCGCUGUUGUAGCACAGAUGGUUGGAAAUUUCGUGCAUUUUGCGAAAUAUGGUAAACCUCAAAACGCGGAAACUUUACGUCCAUGUAAUAGAGCCACAUUUGCGAGUAAAUCGGAUGCCAUCUGUGAUUAUCAGGAGUUUGUUAAUGACGGCGGCGAUUCUUUCAAAGUCCGCGUGACUAAUGAAUUCAAUGUCACACGCGCAAAACUGUGGAAUGAGAUUUUGGAAAUAGGCACUCUUAAAAAUUAUUCCUGAAACCUAAACACCUCUACCCUUUUUGGAGAAAUUUGGACUGAUCUUUAAAAGAUGCUUGCGCUAGUACUGAGAUUUUAUAAGUAGGUAGUUAAGUCGAAUUAGGAAUUUU